UGUGCAUCAUGUACAUGCAGUAUCCCAGGAGGCCAGAAGAGGGCAACGGGUUCUCUAGAACUGGAGUUACGGGGCAUUGUUAGUCGCUGUGUGGGUAUUGGGAAUCGAACUCUCCUCUUUUGGGAGAGCAGUCUGCACUCGGCCGUUUAACUAUCUCUCCAGCCUCCUCCGUCUCUGUAACUUCUAUAAAAGCGAAAACAUUCAUUUUGUUCAAAAAGGGCGAUUAAUGGCAUUGAGACCGAGUGUGUAUUAAGUGGGAUCAGACCCAGAGCCUAACGCAUGGUAGACAAGAGCAGGAGAUACUAAAGUUUUCAAAGUGGCAAUUCUUUUUGCACUGUAACCCUCCCACCCCCCCGCAGUUGGGGGAGGGCGGAAAUGUAGGGUUUCAUUGAUUCAGGAAGUGUAUCAUUUCGCGGGCCUCCUCAGCCCUUGCUUUUGAUUGGUUGGUUAGGAGGGCGUGGCUUCAGCUCUUUAAUAUAAGUGGCUCGUGUGGGGUGGCUACUUCAGUUCCUUAGUUAUACAGACGCCGGAAGUGUGGCUUUCAUUUACACAUUGGCCAAACAGGACCGAUCAAGAUACCCAACAGACUUGAGAACGGAGCCUUCAUCAUAAUGGAACUGUAGACCAAAAAUCUCAGGGCAGAUUUUUGGGAUUCUGGUUGGAGUACUGUACUGUGUGUACUCGACUGGUCCGGAGGGCCAUGGCGGACUCGACGUUUCUGGCAUCAGAGCUAAGCGACGCAGAGUCGAUGGAUGAAGAGACAGUGCGGUUUCAGGAGUUGCUGCUGAAGGCUUCCAAAGAGCUCCAGCAAGCCCAGACAGCCAGGCCAGAAUCUACACAGAUCCAGCCAAAGCCUGGUUUCUGCAUAAAGACCAACUCAUCGGAAGGAAAGGUUUUCAUCAACAUCUGCCACUCUCCCUCCAUCCCUCCCCCGGUGGACGUGACUGAGGACGAGUUGCUUCAGAUGCUGGAGGAAGACCAAGCUGGCUUCCGAAUCCCCAUGAGCCUGGGAGAGCCACAUGCUGAGCUGGAUGCAAAAGGCCAGGGCUGUACUGCCUAUGACGUCGCUGUCAAUAGCAACUUCUACCUGAGGAUGCAGAACAGUGAUUUCUUGAGGGAACUGGUGGUCACCAUUGCCAGGGAGGGCCUUGAGGACAAGUAUGGCCUACAAUUAAAUCCUGAAUGGCGCAUGUUGAAAUACCGGUCUUUCCUGGGCUCCAUCUCACAGCAGAACAUCCGUUCACAGCAGCGCCCUCGGAUCCAGGAGCUAGGGACCCUAGAUGCCAAUGACUCACCGGGAACCUGGCACAGCCCAGAACGGCCUCACCUGAACCUUUGGUUGGAAGCCCCUGACCUCCUCUUGGCUGAAGUUGACCUUCCUAAACUGGAUGGCACACAAGGCCUGGCACUGCAGAUAGGAGAGGACCGCCUGGUGAUAGGAGGCCCCCAGCAGCUGUAUCACCUGGAUGCCUCCAUUCCUCUGCGCAUCAACAGUGAGGCAAGCAGGGCCGCUUUUCACCACAGGAGAAAGCAACUGAUGGUGUUCAUGCCCCUCCUGGCCGCGUCUUCUUGACCAGAGUGCCCUGCAUUUCCGGAUGUGGAGAUGUUGGUGUCUUCUCUAAGUGAAAUAAACAGGUUUCCAGUUCUCUUCAGCUCCAGACAAUGAUGCAUGGAGGGAGGAAGGGAAGAGAAAUACCAGCUCUGACUCAG